UCGUUUGAUAGUGUUGAUUAUUAUUGUUCACGGAAGUGUCACGAGUUGUGUAUUGUUUCGAAAGUCUGAGUUCUGUGUCGUGCAUGUUUGAACGUGCACCGUUUACAUUCUCAAUCCCCGAUUGUAGGGACUGUCGUGCGUGCGAUAUUUUUUAAUUCUAACGCUCGUUUCUGUUUGCUACGAGAGUAAGCAAGAACGAAGUUUUUCGCAAGCACAAGCAACGAGUCCCUCAAGAAUCUCCAGGAAUAGUACGCAUUCCAGACAGGCCACAACGAUGCCGGUGCACUUUAUUCCUCCCUUUGCAUUCUUUGUCUCGAAAAUUCACCCGGAAGAUAAACACAGUGUGACGAGAUUCGAAUCCGUAGAUCACUCGUAAUCGCUAGCUAAAAUUUGUCGAGUUUCUAAUUGAAACACACUAAUUCGAAUUAAAAAAACAUUAAAUUUGAAAAUGUACAUUAUUAAAAAGUUGAAUUGGAAUGCUCUAGAAAAAUUCAUUGAACCUUGCAACUUUGCAUAUCAUAGAACCUAUUGCACGAUAUCAAGUGAAAGCACUAAAUUUUGUUCUACAAUGUGGCAAACUUUCUCUUUUAUUCCUUUUUUUCUUUUCGAUGAACAUUUCUAUCCAAUGCCCGAAUCUUGUUGGUUUCCAAAGAUAUAACUAGCAACACUGUUUAUUUUCUAACGUUUGUACAUUUAAUUUUUCAUUAUGCAAAUCGCUCGAUCUCAUCUCUCGCGAACGUACGCAAUGAUAUUUGGGUGACGCUAAAGCAUCCAAUACGCACGGCUACCGCUUACGAACGGGUAGUGAAGUCGAUUAAUUGCCAUUCGGUUAUUGGUUUACUAUAGAUGACGGUUGGCGCGCGAACGCACGUUGCGUCGGACAAAUUGCGCAGAUCUGGUGAUUCUAUAUUCCGGCACGAAUUAUCGCGUGCGUGUCGUGCGAGCAAUUCGCGCAGCUGUCGAUCGGCGCAUAUCUCGUUCGUGGUCUCCUUCGAACUUCCGUCCGGGGACGUGAAUUUCCACGACAGGAUGUUCUUCUAUUCCCUCCACUGCUACUCGUGGUGCAAACGAGUGGAACGGAUCGUGAUUUUUCUCUCUCCUCUCUCUAUUCCUCUCCGUCUAGUCUCCCUCUCCGCGGCUAACACGUUCGUUUCCUCUGACGUUCACUUUUCUUAGCCCGCGUUACGCCGCUCGUGGUAAUUCGACACUUGUGUAUACAUAUUACAGAAGCACAGUUAUCUUCUUGCGAUUUCAUUUUCAUAACCUGUUAGAUCCGAAGAAGAAAGUUUAUCUGGGUUAGCAAACGCUAACGCAUCACUUCUCGAUCCCGUACACGCAGAUGACGCGAUGACGCUGCAUUGGUGGAUGCACUGGUUCUGGGUUACCGCUCAAUUUCUCGUGAUCUUAGGGAACCCAGUGCCGUCGAGUACGGCCGAGCCGCGUGGGCAGGUGCAGGAUCACCUGAACUCAGAACCGACAUCCGAAAUCACCUCUAUCGAGACAGAAAGACCCGAAACGCGACAAAGCUUCCGCGUAGCCAAAGCUAUCGGUCUUCAUCCUCCUACGAACACGGCUGUAAUCUUGGACAGGCAAUCGAGUACGAUUUCAACUUCCAUGGAGGUCGAGACGAGUGCAGUGGAGACCAGUACGAACCCCUUGGAGGAGUACCAUGGAAACGCGAGCAAUGCGGUCAGUCUGGACUCGAUGAAAAGUUUCACGCCGCAACGGAUCACAGAUAGCGUAGACAGGAUUCGCAAUCCAGCGACGAAGAAGGACAGCAAGAUCACCUGGAUCCUAACGACGAACAAGACAGGCGGCAGGUCGAAGUACGAACAGGAAGAGAAAGUCGAUGAAAAUGGGAAUCGGAACACCAGCAUAGACGAAGUGGAGGAUCUCACGGUGCUACCUCUUCAGGAAGAGGUGUCUAGAAUCAGGCUGGUACUGAAUAAAACGAAAUCCUCCUUUCUAUCUUCUUCUUCCUCUUCCUCCUCUCUGUCAUCGCCUGCUGACAGUGCCGAUAUCAGGAUGUUCAAUCGAUCCGACGACGUCGUCAUCAAUGAGAAGUUUAUCGAGCCACAAUUAUUCGCAACAGCUGCAUCGAUCCUCGAAGUUGGAGUGAGCGAAUCCACGCGAUUGAGCAGAGCGCGAAGUACAUUUCCCAAAGAUUUCCAAAGGGAUCAAGUACAGGAAGAUCAUCUUUCUGAUUACAAUGGAAGCAAUAGCGAGAACUCGAAGCAGGAGAGCGCUUCGAGAUCGACAGUAGACAUUGCCGCUAUUACCGGAAGCUGCUUAGCGACUGUAGUUUUACUCAGCACAAUGGGUAGCCUUGGAUUCAUUAUGUACAGGCGUAGGUACCUGAAUCCGCCGCAGACAUUAAAUAGUGACAAAUGCAGUAAUCCCGAUAGUUCCGGUUAUAUCGAUGAUUCUACGAUUCGUGAUAAUUCCGAAGAAAUGUACAGCUUGGAUAAUGAUUCGUUUUUAAAUUCAUUAGAAGCGAUGACAAUACAAAAUUAUUGGACGGACAGCGUAAAGCAUACGAAGCUAUGACAAAAGAAGAUAAUUCAACCCGGAAAGAGAAUCGAAACGUUCAGUAUUUCCGAUGGCGAAGCACACGAGCAAAUAUCGUUGUUGGAACAGUAGUACUUACUCGAUAAGUGCCCGGCAUUUUUCAAUCGAACGGAAGGAAGUGAAUUUACCAUAGUAGUCAUAGACAGGCAGAAACGUUAUUUUUCUCCAGUUGAACGCAAUCGCUAGUGAUUCUAAUACAAAAAUGAGCGAAUAAAAUAUUUUAAAUGUUCCCGAAGGUUUUUUAGGUAUAAACUUCGUCGAUCUUACAGUUUCUUAAAUAAGGCUAACGAUACAUCAAAAUUGCAGGAUUUGCGCGCAUUCCUGUUAUACAUUAAGCACACGUUGGAAUUUAUGAAUAUUAUCAUGUAUGAUGUAUAACGCGAUAUAUCACGCACAUGCCUGAAUUUUGAUUUUGUCACACGCAUUGUUCCCUCUAUUUUUCUAUCGUGAAUAUUAUAAUUGGCAGUGGUCAAGUUUAAAAAAGACAGCGAUAUCGUAAUUUCCA